CGCUCGCGGUGCGCGCGGCGAACGGUUGCGCGGCCUGGCAAACCGCAGAAGCUAAUUGUGCGAGCGGGAAAUCCGUACAGGCCGUACAACAUCGAAUGGAAGGAAGGCCACUUUUCGUGCACGCACGGUGUAUGCGUCGCGAGUGCCACCGGGAGAAUCAACCGCCGGAAAACUUUUUCCGCCGCCGCGACGGGGAACGCGUGCCGAAGCGUGAGGACUGGCGAACGAGAGUGAUGGAGAUAUUGAGAGAGGGGGGUGGAGGGGAGAGACGGAGAAAAAGAAAGAGAAAAGAAGCACGACGCGAGAGAUCGAGGGGCGAAGGGGUCGGUGGAAAAGACGGCCGAAAUGCGUCUUCGGGGACGGGGAGGGAAAUAUGGAAAAAGAAUGGAAAUCGGUGGGGAAUGAAAGAGAGAGAGAGAGAGAGAGAGGCUUGCGCAGCAGCGAGCGGAAAAAGUGACGCGUGCAAGAGCGAGAGAGAGUGCGAGCGAGCGAGCGAGUGAUAAAGGGGUCCCGGGUGGCGCGAGGGGGAGGGGGUAACUAGCGAGCGAGCGCCGCGCGAGACGGGGAGAGAGUGCGGCGGACGCGCCGCGGUCGGUCCCUCCGAGAGAGGACCGCUCGCGAGCGGACGGAGGGAAGCGCGCGCGGCGUCGCGUGCGCAAGCGCAGUGGGACGCGCAGUGCCGUCGGCGCGCGCGCCACAUUGAAAGCUUGCGACAUGCUGCGGAGGUGCUCAGUCGCGCGCCAACUCUCACGGGGGUGAUAUCGUCGGGUGUUUUCGCUCAGCUCGUAUUCGUUCUCUCUCUCUCUCUCUCUCUCCGUGUGUCGUAUCCCGAGAGAGGCGAGGCAUAUAGAACUCGGCUGUGCACGUAGGCGUCAGUAAACCGCGUUGGCUCGCGCGAGUACGGACACGCGAGAGAGAGAGCAGACGUGCGUCGCUUCUCGGGCGCGGGUUCUUAAACGAGACACGGCGGCGAACGGAACGCGUGCCCGUCGUCCUCGAGGUGUCGGAAAUACAGUCCGAGGGCCGUCGAGUAAGUACUUGGAACAGUGUCAGAAAGCACGACGCGUGCUUUCGGGGAAAAACGUCCGUUUGUUGCCGCCGGGCGAUAGUGGCGAACGGUGACGGUGUGAUCCUCAGCGUGAAGCAUCGUCCUCUCUUUCCCGGAGAGACGCAGUUACCGCGCUGUCGCGGGAGAGGGAGGCAACGUGCGGGCGGAUAAAUAGACGCUGCUCUCAGGCGGACGUUUACGCGCGCGUAGAGAGAUAGAGAGUGUGCGCGCGCGCGCGCGCACAGGUGGUCUCCGCGGUGAGGAGGAAGAAAUCGCGGCAGGACUCGCGCGCGCGACUCUCCAUUUCUGUGAUGUGCGAGUGAAAUGAUGGACUCACCAGUCAUGUACGACUCGUCGGCUCACCAGGCCCAGGCCCCGGGCGCGGGCGAUCUGAAGAAGGCGCAGGUGCUGAACAACAACACCAGCAGCCAGAACAACAACGCGACGAACAACAACAACUCGGCGCUGCAGGUGAACCACAACCACAGCCAGCAGCAGAACAGCGCGGUGGUGAGCAAGGUGUCCGCCAGCAAGGCGAGCCUGCACCAGCAGUACGCCGAGCACUGCGCCGCGUCCGGCGAGCUGACCGACCUGAACACCCCGGAGAUCUCGCUGGACCUGCAGCACCUGAUCGACGACAACCACUUCAACGACGGGUUGUUGGACAUGCUGGGCGCCAACAACAGCGCCGUCAAGCACGUGAGGACCUACCCUCGCACGACCACCCUCGCCUACAUGCCGCAGCCGGUGCACAGUGGCGCGAGCUACCACCAGAGCAACAACAGCUGCAGCGACAGCAACAGCUCGAGCUCGGAGUCGCCCAGCAUCAAGGAGGAGCCGUUGGACCCGGCGGAUUACCGCCGCCACUGUCCUCAGUAUCCCCCGGCCGGCUACAGUCCGGUGACGAACAGCCCCUUCGUCAACGGCGCCCCGACCUUCACCACCUUGACGCCGUCCACGGUGCCCGGCGGCCACCCGGGCGCGCCGAACGUCCACCAGCCGCCGCCGAGGGGCGGCCCGAUGAAGCCGGUGAUGGCCCACCAGCAUCACGCGGCCGCCAACGUCGCCCGGAAGCAGACCAAGGCCAUCGACAAGGCGAGCGACGAGUACAGAAGACGACGGGAGAGGAACAACAUCGCCGUGAGGAAGAGCCGCGAGAAGGCGAAGGUUCGGUCGCGCGAGACCGAGGAGAAGGUGAAGAUGUUGGUUAAGGACAACGAGAUGCUGAAGAAGAGGAUCGAGCUGCUCACCGAGGAGCUCAAUGUGCUCAGGUCACUCUUCAGCAGUGUCGGCGUCGUGCCCGAGCAGCUGCACCGCGAGAUCUCCAGGCACCUCGACCAGUUCCAGCAACACGCGGUCGGACCCAUGUAGCGCACGACCGUCAAUCUCGUCGUCGCGCAGUCGUCGUGAGAUCUUCGCGCAUCGUCGUUCGACGUCGUCGCCGACGACGACUCGCGUCCCUGGGCGCUAUCAAGCCGAUCCGAUUGCGAGGCGAAGUCGCUUCUUCCGCUCCCUCCCCUCGACAACCGUCUCCGGCCGUGUGUUGUCUGUCUCAUGGUUCUCUGACUUCCUCUCUCUCUCUCUCUCUCUCUUCUUCUUCCUCCUUCGUCUUUCGCGUCGUUCUUUAUCUCUCAUUCGUGCGAUGUAAGCGCACGUGCGUGCCUACCGUCGUCGUUAACACUUAGAGUCGCGAAGGCGCGAGCAUCGGAGAGAGAGAGAGAGUGUGUGUGUAUGUAUGUGUGUGUGUAUGUGAAGGGGGGAGUCGACGUAGGAAGGGUGAUCGAGAAGCGACCUACUCGAGGCAAGCUUGGCGACGACGGCUGAGGAACGCGGUCGACGCGAUGCGCGUGUUGGUAAAGUAAAAGUACCUCUAUCCGCGGGAUACGAGCCCUUCGCUCGAAGAAAGGGAGAAAGUGCCGUCCGGACAUCGAAAAGGGAGAGAGAAAGAGAGACGAGAGGAGGCAAAAAGCGGAGAGCGAUAAAUCGUGGAGAAUCACUCUCGUGGCUCGCGUUGGGUCAUCACGUCGCGAUCUUACGGAGUAAUGUCAUCGUUGUCGAGGAAUCGACUUGAGAAUCGGAGAGAGAGGGAGAGAGUAAAGACAGUCGAAUCUUUAUCUCCUCCCUCCCCUCCGUCAUCCAUUUUUCGUUGUUCGGAGCAGAACGCGUCUUACUUCUCCUCGUCUCAGUCUCACCACCGUUCGUCCCUCCUCUCAGCAUCUUUCGACCGCGGUGGCUGGUCCAACCGCCCUCUCGGGCAACGAGAGCGGACAUUUUUCUACGGUGGGCAAUCGCAACACGUGGGCGAGGAGGGGAAAACGAGCCGAAAAAUCUCCUCGAACGGGGACCUCACGAUGAUUCACGCGAGUAUUCUCACCUUUAAACUGUACACCACGUAUUUCGCAUGUACACGGACGCAUCCAACAUCUCCAACGCGAAAGACACGUACAUACGGCGUUGUACCUAGAUUCGGUUCUUAGUUAACGAUAAAUUAAUGAACUUAGGUUAUCGCCCCCCCUCCCCCCCCCAAUUACAAGUACCUAAAACAGAGGAAAAAGAAGAAAGAGCGAGACCACCGGCGACAGCGACCUGUUAGCCGUCGACGGUGCCUCGAACAGUCGAUAUCAAUCCCCCUUCCCUCCUCCCCCCCAACCUCUCAAUACGUACUCGCUUCCGUGCUCGCUCGCUCGCCACUUUCGGCGGGACGCGGCCGAACAACGACCGAGCAUCCAACCAUGCCCUUGUAUUAUAUACUUUUAGCUCUUAUUAAUUUUAUUAUUAUCGUAUUCGAGAUUUAUGUACAUAAAGAGCUAAUAUAUUUUGUUAGAAAAGUGGAGCGCGCGCAUGCGUGCGCUUGUAUGUGAGUGUACGUACGUAUGUAACAGUAUAUGUGUGUGUGUGUGUGUGUGUGUGUGUGUGUAUGAAAUAUGUGUAUACGAAGUAUGUAUGCGUGUACAUGAUACGAAUGUGCGUCGUGAGACGAAUUGUUGUAAUUGCAUAUUUUAUCAGCGGCGAAAAGUCCACUCGGCUUCUCGAGAAGCGAGGAAAGAUCGAUUCAUAUCUGCGAGCGUUCUCGAGACUUAGCAUGGAGCGUGCGGUCGGGGCGGAACCUUCAGCUUCGCGAUUACCCGGCAGAACCGGCGGAGCCAACGACAGAGGCAGUGGCCGGCAACCGGUAUGUGUGUGUGCACCGUGUUCGUCACGGUAUAAUCGCACAUCAUACGUGCGCGCGCGCGCUCGCGCGCGAUUCAAUUCGCGCGGAGGCGCGCGCGACCGCGUGCGCCCCGGUUUACGUUACGCGACGUGUAUGAAUGCGAUGACGAUGUUACGCACGCGUGCCUUGGUGUAUGACUGACGUAUGUUAGGUACGAGAUUACCUGUCACGGUUGUCUUAUUGUCUAUGCACAAAUAUAUUUUGAUAUGAAACGUG